UCGACAAAUUCAAAAUAUUAUCGUGCUGAAAUGCCUGAACAAUACGUUUGCGAUUACUGUGAUCGCUUAUUUACAAGAAAGCACAACCUUCAAACGCAUAUAAAGAAUUGGCACCUAGGCUUAUCGUGCUACUGCGAUAUUUGUGACCGAAACUUAGGGAGCCCUGCUGGCUUAAUUUUACACCUUAGCCAUGGUCACAAUAGCUCUGGUCAGCCGUUCCCCGAAUGCGACUUAUGUGGGCGUGUUUUCUCUCGAAAACAAAAUAUAACCUCGCACAUGAAUACGGUGCAUUUGCAAACAAACUCGGCCAUUUCUUGCAAAAUAUGCAAUAAAACUCUCACCACGGGUAGGAAUAUGAAGCGACAUAUAGCACUUAUGCAUAACCCUGAUAUACAAUAUCUAACUUGCGAUGUGUGCAAAAAGGUUUUCAAAAGAAAAGACACCUUAAUAGCUCAUAUACAGUCCAACCAUCUGGCGAAAGGUUCAAUAAAAUGUGAUCUAUGCGUCAGAGUUUACAGGAGUAAUAAGAAUUUGAGAAGGCACAUGGAGAUGAGUCAUGGUCAGAGGGGGGAGUAUAAAUGCGAAUUUUGCCCGAAAGCCUACACUUCAAAUCAAAGUCUGAGACGGCACUUGAGAACCCAGCAUUUAAGUGAGGGUAAUGAACAGCUCAGUUGCGGUUAUUGUUAUAAAAUUAUACACGGAAGAGAAAAUUUCGUGAGACAUAUCACUUCUUAUCACAACCAGCUUGUACCGGAAACGUUCGAGUCGAGCAUAUACGAUUUCUCCUGCGAAUUAUGCGACAUGAAUUACAAAAAGGAAUAUUUACUGAGACAGCAUGUGAAAACGGCGCAUACUUUUCAAGAGUUUUACGCGUAUUGCAAGGAAUCUUUAAUAAAAUCGGUGGAGAAACUUGAAAAGAAUAAAAGGAUGAGAGAGCGUGGCCAUCUUUUUCGAUGCGAAUUUUGUAUUAAAACGCUCGCGAAUGUUUACGAGCUGAAAGAUCAUAUGCGAGCAGCGCACUACAAAGAAUACUGUUUAUCGACAUGCAACGUUUGUUUCCAAAAGUUCUUUAGCAAAGAAACUAUAAGGAGACAUAGAAAAACUUGUAUUCCACCCACGAAUGUGAACAGUUGCGCAUAUUGCGACAAAUUAUUCACUGAUAUAUCUAGUCUAGAUUUCCAUUUAAGAAUCUUUCACCCUCAAGCGCAACUAGUGGAUUCUAAAAUUAAAUCCCACUCAGAAGACUCGUCAAAAAGAUCGUCAUAUAAAUGUGUUCAUUGCGGAAGGAUAUACCAUAAUACAAGGUCCCUCAAGCAUCAUAUGAAGUUGAAACACACUGUUGAUGACCCCGUGAAAUGCCAAUCAUGCGACAAAAUUUGCAACAACAAAUACUCUUUGGCGUACCAUAAAAUGGUGCAUAAAAACACGUCCUGGUCGAAAUGCGACUACUGCGAGAAGGUGUUCAAAUCCAAACGCAAUAUACGAAGACACAUCGAAUACACGCAUUUGGGAAAACAAAGGUACAAGUGUAUUGAGUGCGAAACGCUUUUUAAGGAGAAACGGAGUUUGAGAAAACACGUGCGGAUUAAGCAUCCGAAUUCCGCAGCGUUUCCGCAAUGCCAUAUCUGUGAAAAACGUUUCGAGUCCGCGAAAUCUUGCAAAACACAUUUGAAACUGAUCCACUCGUUCAACAUGAACACGCAUCCUUGCGACCUUUGCUCGGUGUCUUUCGACUCUCUCGAAGCUUUGAACAUACAUUUAUCAACGAAACAUUUGGCUGCAGACGAGAUUUACAAAUGCGAGGAGUGCAACUUUGUCUUCAAAGGCCAGGAACAAUACGGGAAUCAUUGUGAAACGUAUCAUUCGCAUCCGCCAGAAGCGAAAUGCUUACCGCGCUGCAUUAUAUGUAUGAAGGACUUCAGUUCUCGUAAAACUCUGAAGCGUCACAUAAAGAAGUUCCACAGUGAUUUUAACGUGGACGAAUUAGCCACAUAUGGGUCAAGACGUCUCGCGUUUAACGUCGAUUGUGGUGAAUGCAUCAGGAGUUUCAACGACGAUAACUAUUUCGGUGUAUAUCUUAAAGUUAAACAUUUACGCGAGUCGAUAAUAUUCAAAUGUGAAACGUGCAGAAGUUCGUACAAUACUUUGGAAUACGCGAUACAAAGGUAUAAGCAAAGUAUUGAUGUUAAGCAGAAUAAAUUGUAUUUGAGUGAGUUAUGCACAACACAGAUGAGCGAUGAUUCUAGAGAUUCCGUCGAGGCAAUGGAAUCAGACAGCCCCACAGAUUACAUUAAAAAAGAACCUCACGAAGAUAUUGAGGUGUAUGAUGAAUUUACUCCUAGUCUCAACAUUAAAACGGAACCUGCUUCUCCGUGAGAUAUAUAAUAUGCUAAAUAAACUUAUACCAAUAAAUAAAGCUGAGGAGUUUGUUUGUUUACUUGAACGCAAUGUUUAACGCAAUAUCAAGAACUACUGGUCCGAUUUGAAAAAUUAUUUCAGGCUAUAUAUCAUCACGCUAAGACCAAUUCAUUCAAAAGACAUUCUUUAUUGGAGAACAGCGCCAAUAAAGAAUGUUUUAAAAUCGGGGUGGUUUUUUUUCCUUUGGAGACCUUCCGCUGCGUGCGCUGCGUAAACGGCUAAAUUUUGGAUAAAAUCGUGUAUGACAAAGUUGUUCUCCUUUAAAAUUUCAAAAAAAAGGCCACGACAGCAUAUGCCUAUCUUUAAAGCGGACAAAGUCGCAAGGGACCGCCAGUAAUAUUAUAGAAAUGCUGUCUACUGUUAUAAGAUAGGAAUGAGCAAGCCUCACACGACGCCAUGAGUGAGAAGUUUGAACUAUGACAAACCAGAGUUAUUGUGGAAUAAUUAAUUUAUAGAUGUACUACUGCUGUAAUAAAAGUCUGAAUGUAAUCAAAUUUAAAUUAUUGUUAGUUUUGUUGGGCGUAAUUUGGCAGAACGGAAAGGGCUCCGACCAACUUAGUCACUUGUUUUAUUGAAAUUUGGGUCAUUAUACAACAUGUAACAGAAUUACGAAAUAAUAUUAAAAUAUGCAUAAGUGUAUUACAUAAGAAAUCAUGUUUAUUUUUCCACACAAACGAAUUCAAAGCAUUUUUAGUGUUUACUUAUGACCCUAUUGAAGACAAAAGACCGACACGCGCAUAGUAUCUAUGCCUACCUAAUAUA